AUGAGAUCAAUACUAUUUAAACCAUUUAGGUUUAAUCCGAUACGAACAUCAAUCAGAUCAAUAUCAACUACGAAACCUACUUAUUCAAUAUUUGGAAAAUUAACACAAACAGAUUCAUCAGAAAAUGACCUCGACCUUAUAAAAAAUCAAAAACAAUCAUCAACAACAGAAACAGAUUCAGAACCAUCUAUUGAUUCAAUAACACCACAAAAUGAUGAAAAAUUAAUUGAAUAUCAUAAACAACAAUCACUUAAAAAACAAAUUAAAAAAGAAGAUUAUUUGAAUCCAAUAAAAUUAGAAAUGUUUAACAAGGUUGUAAAACAAUAUGGAUUCUUUAAAAAUGACCAAAUUGUUGACCAUGAUGGUAAAUUAUUUAAAUUUCAUCUAAAUCCUGAAGAAAUUGAAUUAUGUGAACCUUCAAUAUAUUUAACGUCAUUUAGAAUUAAGAGUUCAACGAAAAAGGCCACAGUUGUAAAUAGAUUUGUAAGAGGUUUCAAUUUAAAAACUGCAAUUAAUCAAUUACAUUUUAAUCCGAAGAAAAUGUCUAUUGAAUUGGAAAAAUUAUUGAAAAAGGGAUUAGAAGAAGGUGAAAAAAUGGGAGUAAAUACUGAUGAAUUAUAUAUAUCUAAUUUAUGGUGUGGUAGUGAUGGAUAUACAAGAAAAAGAUUACAAGCUAAAGGUAGAGGUAGAGCUGGUUUAGUUCAACAUAAAUAUGUUCAUUUAAAGUGUAUUUUAAAAACAAAUCAAACUAAAUUAAGACAACAAUAUGAAAGAGAAUUAAAAUUAAAAGUUGCAAAACCAAAAAGAGGUGUAUUGAAUGAUGAACCUUUGAAUUUUAAAGUUAGACCAUGGUAUAAAUGGUAA